AACAUGGCGGGGAGUGAGAAGAAUCGCCACAACGCCCCACUGUUGUUACCGACGAGGCCCCUCCCCCUUCUCUGAGCUACCAGUCAGCCCCGAGAGGUCUCACAGAGACCCGCCUUUUCCUUGAGCUAUCCACUCAAUUCUGACCUGGCGCCUUGAUUGCUCUGGCUCGCCCAAUCGAUGCUGACACAAAUACAGCUCGCGCACGCCCUCAUUUCUCCUCCCUCAACUGCUGGGGGGAGGGCGGGACGGAGACCAUCCUAAGGAACUGUCGAAAUAGGGACGUUAGUUCUUGCUGCUUCUCCUUAAGUUCUGCUGCCGAGCUAACCCGAGAGGCGCCACAAGGGGGGCGGCCAUCUCUUGAACGAGCCGCGCACAAGAGGCUGCAGCUGGUCCCUUAGCUGAGCAUGACUGAGGCCGCGGCCGUAAUGGCGGCCGCGAGCUUCGCCGAAGAGCCGUCAGUGGCUCCGGUCCUCGAGGGUACGACGCGCCGGGACGGCCCCUUCGCGGCCGGCAGCCCGCAGCAGAUACGGCGACGCGCCCCGUCCAGCUGCCUGAUCCCGGCCGUCGAUCCGCAGGCGGUGCAGGACUUGGCGGCCCUUGCGGUUCAAGUCGCCGCGCAGGUGGACGAGCUGUUGCGGGACAUGCACGGCCGCUUGCAGGCCGCGACAGCUCUCAGCGUGGGCUGUAUCCAGACCUACCGGGAUGGAGUGGAGAGCUUAGGCGAGGCCGCGGACACGAGCAUCCGCUCCAUGUACACGCUGAUGGCUCGAUGCGAAGAGCUGGACCGGGAGCUGAAGCCCGUGCCGGACCUGGCCAGGCGCAUCCGGGAUCUGAAGCGCCUGCUGGAGAGACUCGAAGGCCUCUGCAAGUAGCCGCGUUGCGGUCUCCAUCGAGUCCUUUCGGAACUUGGAUGCUUCAGAAAGCAGGAGGCUGGUCCGUGACCGGCAGCUGCUUCUCCAAGACACAAAUUGCUUGUCCUUCAAAGCACUCUGCUCUUUUCUGUGAUGAUCUCAGGAUGCCGUCCCUGACCAUUUUUUUUAAAGUGUGUGUAAAACAAAUUGGUCACUUUAAUAAAGCAGGCUUUAUCUUCCAUUAGCCUUUCCUCUGACAGCAGUGUUUGGCUUGGACUCCUAACACAAAUCUCCUUACCUGCAAAAGUAGCUUGUGGAACUAAUUUUCUUAAGGCCCUUGUGUGACACCUUCCCAUACCGUCAUAGUGCAAAUAGCCUCCACAGCUCAGAUGUCUAAAUUCUUGAUGGAUGAUCAUGGGUGAUAGAUUCAUUGGGAGGGGAACGGGUUUUAAAAUCCUGUGCUGCAGCUCACACAUGGACUUUUGCAAGGUGUUUGAUAAGUACAUAGAUAAGUGUGAGGGUUAUACUGAGGAUAAUUAGCAUUGGUAUUUAUUGUAAAUAAGAGUUUAUUGCUUAUCAACUGAAAUGGAAAUCCCCAAAUCAUGUCCAGUAUCCUUUCAUCCUAGAGAACAUUAGGUUGAAUUUUGAACUUAAAGUUGUAUAGGGUUAGGAAUAAGCAAAAUGUGUUUUAAAGUUGUAUAGGGUUAGGAAUAAGCAAAAUGUGUUUAGGCAAAAUGUGAUUCAUAAAUCAGCCAAGCUGUAAUACUUGGAUUUAAAUAUAUGGCAGCUGGUGACACUUCAGUAAUGGGAGUUAGUGUGAAUAUAGUAAUGAUUAAGUUUUUCUAACUGAAACUGGAAAACUUGCCUGCACCACAGACCUUGUUCAAAAGUUCUGCUUGUGCAUUUCUUUAAUGUAUCAAAACUACCUAUUUAAAUAUUUCAUUGGUUUUUUGCAAAUUCCUAUUUUUGAUUAGUUCUUCUUGAAGCCUUUAUUGCCACACUAACUGAUAUAAUUAAAUCCACAGCACACCCAAACUCAGAAAAUAUUUAAUUCCUAGGCACUAACAGUACAUGGAACUGGAAAAUAUUUCUGUCUGCUAGCAUCAAACGUCUGGUGCACAGGCAAACUGAGCAUGGGAGUUUUCCAUCCCUGGUGAUAAUGUUCAUAACUGUAGAAUCUAUCCUUGAAGAGGAAAAGAUGUAAUUUGGAUUAAUAUGCUAUAAUGAGCCAUGCAUUUUGUAGACCCAGAGCCUAAAUGCAGUUUCACUACUAUUGGAGGCAGAGUUUAAUUAUUAUAAUGAUGUCAUUUUUAUAGUAACAGACUGAUUUUUAUAACAUAAAGCAGUCUGGCUAUGAUUGGCUUUUGCAUUGUUUAAAACAAUUAGGAAGUUAAAUAAGUUGAGUUUAGUGUGGUAUCUGAGCAUGUACUUAAUGUGUCCUUGGAAUGUGCUCUUGAAAUUAAUGAGGCAAAAAUGCUCUGUUUAAGCCAGAUUGUGGUGUAUGUUUAUAAUUAUUUCCACAAGCCCUGUGAAGGAAAAAUUCUUAAUGACAAUUUUAAGCAUUUAUACAUUAAUUCCUUUAUCAUCAGCCACGUAGUUUUUUUGCAUACACUUUCAUUUUAUGUCAAAGAUGUACAAUGUACAAAGAUUUAUAAAGAUUAAAAUACAACAUAUAUAUGUGUGUGUGUACACACACACAUUUUAAAAGAAAAUUUAAUUUAGGGAAAGCUUUGUACUCAGUUGUUAAAUUAAUAGCACUUUAAAUUUGUUUUCAUAUUUUAAGUGAUAUGAGUGAACAUUUCUGACUUUGUCUUUACUUUAAGACCUUUAAGACCAGGCAACUUUUAUUGUCUAUAAUUUGGUAGUAACUAGUAUUCUAAUACAGUAGAUUAAAAAUCCUUAUAUUCACCAGUACUUAGCCAGUUGAUGGUAAAUUAAAUCAACUUUUUUAUGGAUGUGCUUUUGAUGAGUGUUUGCUUCAAGUAUGGUAUUUUGCCUCAGAUGAAUUCUGAUGCAUUGGCCUUUGUAAUUUAUCUAGAGGCAGUGGAGCAUUCAUUUGGUAUUUGUGAAAAUUUAUGAUAAUAACUGUUCUACUAAGGAUCUUUUAGUUCCCAGUCUGUAGAUUGGGGAUCUGGUAGCCAACUGAUUUUAUGUUCUCUGCUAUAAGUUGGUUAUAUAUAUAUUUUAAAUUAGAUCUUACAAAUGCUGUGUUUUGAAUUUAAAAGAUAGAUGUAUAUGUCUAUAUAUGGUGCCUUUUUGCCACCUGUUAGUGGCAGAGAGAAAGAGUUGAGCUCACAGUGUUCUUUUGCAUUUUCUUUGCCUCUGAAAAAGAUCCUUACUGCUUUAUCUUUUCUUGUUGGACUGGGUAGGUGUGGUGUUGGAUUAACUUUGCGCCAAGUUACAUACUGCCUGUUUUCUCCACUUACUUCCUUAGUCGUUUAUCGAAUUAACAAGCUUAUUAAGCUUAUUAAGUUUAUCAAAUUAACAAGCUUAUUAAGAAAUCAUUAAAACUCCCGCUGGAGUUGAAAUAUUGUAAACAACUACUGAAACCAACUAGUCAGUGGGCAAAGUCAACAAUUUCUCAGUUGUAGUCCCCACCUUGUGGAAUGGCCUGUCUGAAGAGGUCAAGAAGGCUUCCACUUUCCUGGCUUUAACAAACUGUGCAAGACUGAAUUAUUCAAGAGGGGAAGUGAUCGGAUAGUGCUGUUACAAAAGGUUCACAAAGUUACUUGGAUAACUGUGUCUUUAUUUCUGUACCAGGGAAAACUGUAUUUAAAUUCCAAUCCCAUCGUUCCAUUCCAUUCACAUUUAUUACCUGCCCUUUACUUUAGUCUCAGGACAGAUUACAAUAAAACAUGCAACUUUGAAAUCAUUAUGGUAAAAUACAAUAAAACACAAUAAAACCUAAUUCUAAAAACCCAUUCUAAAAAUACAGUAAAACCUCAUUUUUAAAAAGCACAACAAAAUCCCAUUCUAAAAACCCAGACACAAUCUAAACUCACCCACCCCACCCACCCACAAAACGGAGUCCUUGGGGGGGCCUCUCAGUGGUGGGCAGGCAGCCAAAUGCCCAGGUGGAAAGGAAGGGUCUUUGCCAGAUGCCUCAACUCCAAGAGAGUUGGUGGCCAGCAAACUUCUAGAGGAAGGGCAUUCCACAGUGUAGGAGCCACUGUGGAGAAGGCCUUCUAAGAUGCCCCUACCCCUUGCCUCUGAUGGGGGCAGGACAGUAGGUGGGCAUCCUCUGAUCUCAGCGCCUGGGCAGGAAUAUAUGGGCAGAUGCACUAGCCUCUGCUUCUGAAUAAGCUGAUGAGAAUGAGAUAAACCCAUAUAUAUUACUAGAGAUCUAGUGGAGAAAAACAACACAAGUAUAACUACUCCUGGGUCAGCUAACUUCAGAGUAUCAUAGUUUCACUUACUACUAGAGCUGUGAAGGUCCAGGGUAAAAAGAAGAAUUUUGGGAAAAACCCUUUUGCUGUUUUUUCCAAGCCCCCUGUUCAAUUUUUCUGAUGGAUAAAUUAGACAUUUUGGGGAGUACUGAAAAAAAAUCUCUUGUGAAAUAUGUUCUCUUUUAUAGUGAGUGCUUUUACAAGGUAGGCAUGUUGUUGACAUAAACAGCUCUUAAAUCCAAGAUGUAUUUCUGCAGCUAGAAGCCCAUUAUGCACAAGGUGCAGCAAGAUUUCUUGUAUGGAUGUAUUUCCCUGAUCCCUGCUUUCAGUUUCCAUUCAUCCCAUGCAAAGCGACAUCACUUUCAGCGCGACAUUCAUUUUCUUUGCUGCCAAAGCAGGGAAGAUUUGCCAGUGAGCAUCGCUUUGCCCAGGACAUCUUUCCUCUGCCCAUCACCAGCCUCACCCACUCCAUCACAUUCUCAUGUAUACCUCUCUCCUUCCUCCUUUUUAGUUUUGCUAUUACUUCAAUUUUUGUUAUUAAUUAUGUUGAUAUAGUGAUAUAAACAAAAUCACUGCAAAAUUGCCAUCUUCUGUUGCAUUUGAAAACCUCCAAAUGGCGGAUGAGCCAUUUCUCCCGUGCUCUUACUUCCAGAGCUGCUGCAGUUAUCAACAGACUGGGGAGGGGAAUGUCUGUAGGAUGAAUUAGGUGCUAACCAUUUAAUAACAAUUCACUCUCUCUCCUCCCGCAGCAGCAGCAGCAGCAGCAGCAUGUAUGUGUGUGCAUAUGUGGGGAGGGUGGGGAGAGAUCAGUUCUAGAACAUAGUGUGGUCCAGGCAUUUGCUUUGCUUCUUUUUUCAGGGGCAGGGUUAUUUUUGGAAAGGAGCUACAAUAUCGAUAUAACUGCAAUUUAAAGGGCUUUAACAAAGCUAGCAAUCUUGCAGUUACUGGGUAUGAUGUGAUAUGUUCCUUUAAAAGGGAGUUGAUGGGCAGAGUUAAGAGAACCAGGAAAAGCGGAGACCUGUUGUGACUUCAACAAGCAAGCUGUGGUGCAGGCAGGGAAUGCUUCCUUGUGUGUAAACAGAGAAAUGCAAAAAGACCAAUCUACAGCCCCACUGUGCAGCUAAGAGCCCCAAGAUAGGCAUUCCAUGCAUAAUGGGCCAUAAUUUUCAAGAGCGCAGCAUUCAGUGUUUUCAUUGUUUCUCAACAGUUGUAUGCCUUCUGUUGUCUUUUUGACUUGAUGUGGUUGACUUUUCAUGUCUCCCUCAAACAACUGUACCACAGUUACCCACAGACUGGGUAUAAAGAAGCCUAUUGUCCUUCCUUGCAGGUGGGAAAAAAAGAUCUGAAGAAGGAGGGGCAGAAACUCCACCAAGCCACAGAAGAAACCUGAAAGUUUAAUUGAAAAUUUAGCUCUCUCUAAGGAGAUAGCAAGGUACAUGUGCUAAGAUAGCAUAGGGUGCAUCAGCUUGCAGAUUUCUCUCAAAUAUUGCAUAUAUUUUAAAUUUUGCUUAGUUUUAUAGAAAACUAAGCCACUUAUAAAUAUGUCAGAUGCUGCAAUGGACUAUGUUAAGUCAUAAAUAAUUUUAUGUUCUUAAACAGUAAAUUUAGUUUAGGUUUGAUAAGAUAAUAAGUAUUUCAUAUAUUUCUAUAUUUCCAUUUUUUCAUGACUUUUAAACUUUUUGAAAAUUUUAGUUCCUACCUCUGAACUUAUUCCAUUUUAGAAGCGUAUGAAUAGUUGUUCUGCUUACAUUUCGGCUAUUUCCUCACUACUGUUCACUUUAUUCAUGGUCUUUCUGACCCUGGAAUCAUGUUGUUCUGCUGUGAUCGUAAAACUUUGUUCCUUGAAUUCAUGAACUCUAAUUUUUGAUGCUCACUAUUGUCAUAUUUCAUGCCUAAACAUGAGUAUAGUGCAAAAAAACCCUGUGUUUUUAGUAAUUACAUUAAAUAACAUGGAGAAUCAGAUGGCAUUUUGAUGCGAUGUAACUAUUUGACAAGUGGAAACAUGUUGCAAGCCUAAAUUACCUAUGUAGAGCUGUUUGAAACAAUAAAUUAAAGGCUGUUGUUGGGAGAAAAGUAA